AGAUCUUUGUCGGUGAUCGGAGAUGGAGUUCCGGGAGAAGCUUUUGAAGUUUAAGUUCCAAAUCGUCUUUGCCUUUGUUUUAUUACUCCUCACCGUAGCUCUCGUCACUUAUUCUCCCGGUUUCCUCACCGUUUUAUCUUACUUCUGGCCGCUUUUUCUCUCCACCGCUCUCUUUCUCGCAGCUGUUUUCUUCUUCGCACGCACCUCCGACCUUCCGGCUUCAUCUACCAUCAUCCCAGGCGAAGGCGCCGGCUUAAAAGUGGCGGCCGAAGGGAUUCUUGACUAUGUCGUCGGCGGACAACACGAAGACAUUCUCUUUGAUAGCUUCACCAAACUUGACUAAUGUAUGAGAUCUCUCUGUUUUUAAUUCCUUUUAGUAUUUCGGUUAAUUAGUCGUUCCUUUUUAAUACUAGAGAAAACAAAAUUACAAAUGUAAUAUUUCACGAGGAAUAAGAAUAAAUCUUGCUUUACACA